CGAAUAAAAACAAUAACUACUGUGUUGAACAGAAAAACUACCCGGAGAGACUCUGGUUGGCUCUCUUCUCUCUCUUCUGUGCCAUCACUUUCGCCACCCCUAAUAUGUCUGCUUCCAUUGUAACCGUUACGAUUCCCCUCUAAAGAAAGUCUCCUUCAUCUCUCUCAACACUCAACUAGAAGAAGAAGAGGAAAAAACCCGAUUUGGAUCAGUAAGACUAAGAGAUAUGGCUUCAUUUGCUAAGUUGUGUUGUGGAAAAAGUACAUCAAAUCGGAAAGACAAGGGAAAGAAAACAGUAAGGUGGAGGAUAUUUUCUUUGAAGGAAUUACAUUCAGCUACAAACAAUUUUAAUUAUGAUAAUAAGCUUGGAGAAGGUGGAUUUGGUAGUGUUUAUUGGGGACAAUUAUGGGAUGGAUCUCAGGUUCACAUCCAAUGUCUUCUGCAGAUUGCUGUGAAAAGGCUAAAGGUCUGGAGCACCAAAGCCGAUAUGGAAUUCUCUGUCGAGGUUGAGAUAUUGGGCAGAGUCCGGCACAAGAAUCUAUUGAGUUUAAGAGGUUACUGUGCUGAAGGACAGGAGCGGCUUAUUGUGUAUGAUUACAUGCCUAACUUGAGUUUACUCUCCCAUCUUCAUGGACAGCACUCUGCAGAAUACUUACUUGACUGGGAGCGGCGUAUGAAUAUCAUAAUCGGGUCUGCAGAGGGCAUUGCCUAUCUUCACCACCAUGCUGUGCCACACAUAAUUCACAGAGACAUCAAAGCAAGCAAUGUCUUACUUGAUUCAGAGUUCAACGCCAAAGUUGCUGAUUUCGGAUUUGCAAAGCUCAUUCCUGAUGGAGCAACUCAUGUGACCACAAGGGUAAAGGGUACCCUUGGCUACCUCGCACCUGAAUACGCAAUGCUGGGGAAAGCAUCUGAGAGCUGUGAUGUUUACAGCUUUGGAAUACUAUUACUAGAGCUUGCUAGUGGGAAAAAACCAAUAGAGAAGCUAAAUCCGACUACCAAACGAACAAUCAUUGAUUGGGCCCUACCUUUGGUUCGCCAGCGGAAAUUCGAUGAAGUUGCUGACCCAAAACUGAACGGGAACUAUGUGGAAGAGGAACUCAAGAGGGUGGCCAUUGUUGCACUUGUGUGUACUCAAAAUCAACCUGAAAAAAGACCGAACAUGCUCGAAGUGGUAGAUCUUCUAAAAGGAGAAUCUAAAGAGAAAUUAUCAGAUUUGCAAAAUGAACAGAUAUUCAAGGAAGAACCUUUGGCUGGUUUCCAAGAUGGGUUAUCAAGUGUUGACGAUAAAUCGGAUUUAAUCUCUGAGGAACAGGAUUCAAAAGAGGAGGUGAAAGAUGUGGCUCACUCUGCAUAGGAGGGCAUCAAAUAUUGUUGAAACCAAAAGCUCAGUAAAUAUUUAGUGUUUGGACAAGGAGGCAUUGAUUUAAACUCUUUGUUUGUUUGUUUUUCCUUCUUUCUCUUUUGUGAUUUUGAGUGGUAUUUUAUUGUUUCACCCUACUUAACCAAACAGGGGUUUUAGUUAUGUAAAAUGUAGUCAUUGUGAGAUCAAUAUGUUUCACUUCAAAUUUAUGAUUCCAGUUGAAAAAGGCUUCUCUGCUUGUGUUAA